AGAAUACUGUGUCCGGAAAACACCGUAAUGCCUACACCAUCAACAUACCUAUAUAUUUUUUAAAACAAUGCUGAGCAUACUGACUACGUUUUUUGUGGUCUUAAUUACUUUUACAACCUUUUUUUAUUUUAGUUUAAAUCACUUUGUUAUUUGUUUUAUUUUAACUUUAGCAUGAUGGCACCACAAUUUCUCAAAUAUGUAAUUUUGAGUAAUCAACGUUAGGUCAGAAUGAGAAUAAGAAGAAAAAGAAGAAUUGUUUUCUUUUUUUAAAAAACGACAUGAAUAAGUGUGAUUGCGUGCUCUACUACAGUGGGUAUACUGGAUUUUAAAAAAAAGCGCCUCUGUAAUUGUUUUAUAUGAUUAACUGUCUCUUAAUAAUACACCAUAAUUUGUUAACACCUUAAAGUGUUGGGAUUGGUUUGCUGCUUCAGCGAUAAAAGUAUCAAUUUAAUAUUAAUAAAUCAAUAUUAAAACCAUAGAUAGAUAGAUAGAUAGAGAGAGAGAGAGAGAGAGAGAGAGAGAGAAAGAGAGAGAGAGAGAGAGAGAUCACAGCGGUAAGGGUAUUUGCAAUAACAUGCAAUGUUCAUCUCAUGUUCGUUUAAGUUUAUAAGUAUAUAAAAUAAUCCUUCAUUAUAGACCAACACAACCCACAUACUGAUAAAAUCGCUGAACAAUUUUUUUCGCAUCCAAAAAUAGUUCAUGGUGUAAUAGUAAACAAAAUUAAUAAUACCUAUUAAAACCAUUACUUCACACUGGUUAUGUAAUUGUGAAUGUAAUAAAACGGGCUCUUGGCGUCGCUAUAGACCGUGCAAAUAUCAACCCGCCUCGCUAUAUGGCCCCUCCUAUUGAAUGGUUAACCGAGAAGCAUAAAGGAACAGCGUGCUUUGUUCCUGGAAGCACGAAAUGGUGGCCUUGCAAUGCCUGGCUGGCUCCAUGCGAGACUCUUAGUACAUGGAAUAUUGUUAUAGAAAUUCUACGAGAUUGUUUGGAUGCCUUACUUUCUGGGACUGUCUUCGCUGCAAUGGGCUUCCCUGUUCAAAAAGAGAAGGCGUGGAUUUGGUUCAUCGCUUUAUCGUGUUUAUCGGACUUCUGCGCGGCGCAGAUAUCUUACUCCGUGUCAGAGGAGGUCGAAAAAGGAACAUUUGUUGGAAAUAUCGCGAAGGAUUUAAACGUAAAUGUGCUUGAACUGGAGUCGCGGGGACUGCGGAUUGUAUCGGCACACAAUAAGAGGUAUUUUGAUGUAAAUCUGAAGACGGGAGUGCUAUUUGUCAGUGAGAGAAUAGAUAGAGAGGAGCUCUGCAGUAAUGUACCGAAGUGUUUAGUAAAUAUAGAAGCCAUCUUAAAUAAUCCUCUUCAACUCCACAGAAUAGAGGUGAUCAUUUUAGAUAUAAAUGACAAUGCACCGUUUUUCCAUAAAAUGUCAUUCGAUAUUAAUAUCACGGAGUCAGCAUAUACUGGGGAAAAAUUCCCAUUACCAGUACCCAAAGAUGCAGAUAUAGGGACCAACUCGGUGAAAAGUUACAAACUGAGCCAGAAUGAACAUUUCUCACUGGAUGUACAGAGCGGAGAGCAGACUGUGUCUGCUGAGUUAGUGCUACAGAAAGCUUUAGACAGAGAGAAACAGCCUGUGAUCCGGUUAACUCUAACGGCUAUCGAUGGAGGAAAACCUCCCCGAUCUGGAACGGCGAUCAUUGUCAUCAAUGUCGUGGAUGUGAAUGAUAACACUCCUACAUUUAGCAAACAACUGUAUAAGGUUCGUGUUUCAGAAAAUACUCCAACUGGGACGACACUGAUCAAACUCGCGGCUACAGAUUUAGAUGAGGGUGUAAACGGUGAAAUUGUGUAUUCUCUGAUAGAGCGAGAUAGUUCAACAUCAUCUCGUUUAUUCACAAUAGACAAAGACAGUGGUGAAAUUACAGUUCAGGGCAAUUUAGAUUAUGAAGAAAAUCCUGCGUUUGAAAUCCGUGCCCAAGCCAGUGAUCGCGGCCAUUCCCCACGUAGCACGCACUGUAAAGUUCUAGUGGAAGUCAUUGACGUUAAUGAUAAUACACCAGUAAUUUCACUAACAUCUCUUAUGAAUACAGUAAGAGAGGAUUCUGCUUCAGGAUCAGUAAUUGCUUUGGUGACUGUUAUAGAUCUAGACAACGGGAAAAACGGUGCUGCUAAAGUAUAUAUAUCGGAUUCUGAACAUUUUAAGCUGAAAUCUUCAUAUAAAAAUUAUUAUUCUUUAGUUGUCGAUGGUUCGUUAGACAGGGAAAGUGUGUCACAGUAUAAUAUCACUAUAACAGCUAUCGAUGAAGGGACUCCACCUCUCUCCAGCACCACUGUCAUUACUGUACUCGUCUCUGAUGUGAAUGACAACGCGCCGCGUUUUCCAGACUCCGUCAUUAAUGUGUAUGUAAAAGAGAACAGUCAGGUUGGAUCUGUUAUUUUUACAGUAUCCGCUUUUGAUCCCGAUGUUGGUAAUAAUGCCAGGAUUUCUUAUUCAUUACUGGAAAGCGCAAAAAGUAUUUUUGUAUCAUCCAUGAUCAACAUAAACUCUGACAGUGGAGAUAUUCACAGUUUGCAGUCAUUUAACUAUGAGGAAACGAAAACAUUUCAGUUCAAAGUUCAGGCCACAGACUCUGGUAUUCCUCCACUGAGCAGUAACGUGACUGUGAAUGUUUUUAUCCUGGAUGAGAAUGACAACAGUCCCGAGAUUCUCGCUCCUUAUUCUGAUCAUGGAUCUGUUCAUACUGAGAACAUUCCCUAUUCUGCUGAAGCGGGCUACUUUGUGGCCAAGAUCAGGGCUGUAGACUCCGAUUCUGGAUAUAAUGCACUGCUUUCUUAUCACAUCUCUGAACCCAAAGGAAACAACCUCUUCCGGAUCGGAACCAGCAAUGGAGAGAUCAGGACUAAGAGGAGAAUGAGUGACAAUGACCUGAAAACUCACCCGUUGGUCAUUUUGGUUUCUGAUAACGGAGAGCCCCCGCUGUCAGCUACUGUGUCUAUUGAUGUUGUGAUUUUUGAGAGCACAGGUGACAUAAAGACUCAAUUUAAACAUGCACCUAUAACGGAGGACAGUUUCUCGGAUUUAAACAUGUAUUUGCUGAUCGCCAUUGUGUCAGUUUCAGUGAUAUUUUUACUGAGUCUGAUCAGUUUAAUAGCUGUAAAAUGCUGCAGGACAGAUGGUAGUUUCAGCAGAUACAGUGCCCCAGUGAUCACCACACAUCCUGAUGGAAGCUGGUCUUACUCCAAAUCUACUCAACAGUAUGAUGUUUGUUUUAGUUCUGAUACACUAAAGAGUGACGUAAUGGUUUUCCCUGCACCAUUUCCGGCUGCAGAUACGGAUCUGAUAAGUAUGAAUGAAGGUGACAUCUUAAACAGAACGCAGACACUUCCUAAUAAAGAUAAGGUAAGGCUAAUAUUUUACUUAAUCGCGGUCAAUAACUUUUGCCUGUCCUUAGCUUCUUUUUCUCUGUUUGACGAGUCUCCUCUUCGUCGGGAGGAAGGGCGUACCGGCUCGCGUUCGGCUAUUGUUUGCGAGACAUAA